GGUUCUCACAAUAAGCAGUGACUGUUUCCCUAAACAGCAUUAGCCAUUUGGCUUUGUAGUGGUGACAUAAUUGUUUCCUGUGAGGACGAAGCAAGUGGAGACUGGGACGCCAACUAAUUCUCCACCGAACGUAUCUUCAGCACCCCAGAUGCCAGAGAGAUCGGUGUCUCCAGACAGGGUGCCCAACAUCAAGAUCUUCUGUGAGAACUUUCAGGAACUCCUCAGUAAGAUGGUUUGUCCCAGCUGUGAAGAGAUACUGACGUCACCCGUCCAGAUCUGCGUGUCCGGCCACUCUUACUGUGGCAAAUGCCUGCCUCUGUUAACCCUAUGCUUGAUCUGCUUCAAACCUCUGACCAAAACACAAAACCGAAACGUGAUGAAGAUACUGAGUUUGGCGUCAUUCAACUGCCCGUGGAAUCUGAUCGGCUGCGUGGCCAUGAUGCCCCUGUCCGCUAUUACAGAGCAUUACAAAUACUGCCAUUUCAUGCUGCUUACAUGCCCAGCUAGUCGUGAAAAGGACACGUACUGCGCAUGGCAGGGCAUCAAGAUGAAUCUGCCUUCACAUAUCAAGACUCACGAACACCAACAGCUUUCAGUAGCACAACCUUUCCUCGUUGAUUCGUGCCGUGUGUGGCCAGAGAAGAUACUGCGUCUGUUCCUGCUUUACGAGGAUGAGAUAUUCACGUAUUACAGACUUGUGUUCGAAGAUACAUGGUACAGCAUGGUGCACCAAGUGGGGCUAACGCGUCGGAAGUUCGAGAGCGCCUUCAAAUUGGACGGCGCCAACGGCAAGGAUCGCAUUCGCAUGACAGUACCUGUACCCGUGAGAGACGAUGAGUCUGCGUGUUCACUGUUUUCUGGCAAAUGUUUCAGAAUCCCAGGCAAUAUGAUCCAACAUUUUAUUAAGCAUCAAUAUAUAAAUCUGACGAUUUUCCUUAAUGACGUAACGAAAUCUACAAACCCCUAGAAUUUUAGUUAUUUUAGUGAGAAACUGCAUAUUUUAUCAUUGACGUAGGAAGGUAUGUAAAUUGAUAUUUAAUUGUGCUUGUAAUAUCUGGAUUCUGUUCACCCUCCUAGUUCUUUAUAGGACAGUACUUAGAUAAAACAAAAAUCAUGAUCUGGAAUUUUAGACCUUCAAUGUGGUGACCCUUAAGAUUCCGGUCUGCCGUAGAAUCUGGUAUAAUUUUACCUGGGAUUCGGAGGAACCAGCUUCCUACGGCUUCUACCACAUUACAUGGCAUGUCUUCCCAGACGACAAUAAUCUUCGAGCCUUAACGUUUUGCAAAUUGAUUCUAUAUUCUUCUUCGGGCGGGUGGGAUUUGAAUAAUUUAUUAUUCCUACAGGACCCUAGGUAGAACUGCUUUCAUACCCUGAUUUCGGAAAACAUUAGAAUAGGACAAUUACUGACCUUUUGGACGUUAAUCAUUAUACUAUUUUAUUUAAAAAUUAGGUUUCGGAGACUGCACUCUGACUCCGAAACGUCGUUUUUAAAUAAAAACAGAAUGAUGGAUAAUGUUCAAAUGUCAAUGAGUCUAACUUUAUUAAUAUAACAUUUUCGCAAACGCUGAAACCUUGUUAACAGAAUAGGAACUCAUUCAUAUCAUUUGCAUCUGAAAAAGGAAGGACUCUUUUUUCCGAAACGUCUUGGCCUUCGUCUAGCACAAAAAUUUGUUAUAAGACCAGAAGCCUUCACGAAGGCUUCUCGCAGUAUCAGACGUGUCACUUUGUAAAAAAUUAUACCGACGUUUCGGCGACCAUCUCUAUCCCCAUCGUCAGGGUCUCAUGUCAUAAGACCCUGAUUACUCAAGUGAUACGGGUGAUAGCCCGAGAAGUUCUGAUCGUCUUGAAACUUGAACUGCACCAUAGUCAGAUAAUUCUGAACUUCAAUUUUUAAAUUGACCCUUUCACUAUUAUUGUUCACUCCUAGACUAGUGUUUCCAUCUGUAAUCACAAUUUAGUACUAACGUGAAAAUUAACAAAAAUUUGCAUGCGAACAUCCAGACACAAAAGUGUCCCACAGAUAUGCGUCACGUUAACGGGACUAGUUUAUGGGCUAUACAUUCAUUGGAGUUCUCUCUUGUGGGAUAUAGUGGUGUGUAGUCCCAGAUGACGUAACUCUUCAGAGUCACCGCUGUGAAGAACCUAGAUCCUUUCAGCUGUUCCUAGCGGGAUGCGAAGUGCGUGACGCAGAAGUUAUUUGCGUAUAAAAAGGUAAAGUUGUCCCUGUGCUUAACUAAUUAAGCACUACGCCAUGAAUACA